AUAAAUUCCCCUCGAUUUCCAUUUCGUCUCCGUAGAGAGUAGACUGCGGAAAGACUGCAACAGCGGCGGCACCGGAAGAGAGGAGACGAGGGGGGACAGUGUGCAGAGAGAGGAUGUCGUGGCAAACGUACGUUGAUGAUCAUCUGAUGUGCGACAUCGACGAUCAGCGUCUCACCGCCGCCGCCAUCCUUGGCCACGACGGCAGCGUCUGGGCCCAGAGUGGUUCCUUCCCUCAGUUCAAACCUGAAGAGAUUACUGCAAUCAUGACUGACUUUGAUGAGCCUGGAUCUCUUGCACCAACUGGAUUAUUUCUUGGUGGAACAAAGUAUAUGGUCAUCCAAGGCGAGCCAGGUGCUGUUAUUCGAGGGAAGAAGGCUUCCGGUGGUGUCACUCUUAAGAAAACCAAUCUGGCUCUGAUCAUUGGUAUAUAUGAUGAGCCAAUGACUGGUGGCCAGUGCAACAUGGUUGUCGAGAGGCUUGGUGAUUAUCUUUACGACCAGGGUUUCUGAAUCCGGUGUUGAUGCUUUGGAACUUCUUAUUUUGGUAUUUGCAUUGUCUUGCAAUUCACCCGACAUUCCCCUGUGUGUGAAUUUUAUAAUCAGCUUGAAAUCAUGUUGGAAAUUUGUUCAAAAGUCUUGUUGGGCUGUUGGCAUCAUCUCCAAGUUUGACUUUUCAUUUGUAUCGCUGUCGAAGGGGAUCAACAUUUGUCUCUGUGCUCAUAUGUAUGUUGGACAAUCUUCCUGAAAGUGUGAUGUAGAUUUGAGAUA